GACUAUUAUUUCAUAACCAAACUCGCCAGGUUUCGAGGUGAACAAGUUAUAAAUGACGAGACCAAGAAAGUCAAGGAGAUAAGAGGUCAUUUAAUAAUGUCGUCUCGAAACACGAAGGUACAUUGAAGUAAUUUUAGUGUUGGAUAUACAUUGUGAUAUUGUGAGACUAAGCUGUAUGGAAAAUCCUUGUUGUUGUAGACAUAAAAACUGGCUUAUCUGAUAACUAGUUAUUGUUAAUUUAGAUAUUAAACAUGAAUGUGAACAUUGUACAACAGUGUAUCUCGUCUGGGUUUAGGCAAUUAGGACGUUUAAUUGCUCGUCGUCCUUUCUUUUUUAUCAUUACUCCAUUAAUAGUUACUGGUAUACUCUCUCCAGGUUUGUAUUUUUUACAGCGUGAAAGUGAUAUCAAUUAUUUAUUUGCAUCCGAAACUGGAAGAGUUUAUACGGAUAAACAAAUCAUAAAAUCAUUAUUUUCUUCCGACGAAUCUCAUUUUGAUUGGACUCGAAGUCUGGAUUCUACUCCAUUCGCUAUAAUUUUGGUUAUAUCUAAGGAUCAAAGAUCUCUUUUAGAAAAAUCACAUUUUGAAAAGAUUUUAGAAAUAGAUAACAUCAUACAAAAUUUAACAGCUAACUGGAAUAACAAAACCUGGAGAUACAGAGAUUUAUGUACAAUUAAUAACGGAGAAUGUUUCAAGCAAACCCUUUUACAAUAUUCUCAUCAAAUUCUAAAUAAUGGAAAACGAUUCAAAUAUCCCUUAGAAGUGAACAGUACUAAUUAUAAUAUAAAAUUUACAGCAUUAAAUUUUGGAGGAGUUCAACUGAAUGAAAGAAAUGAAAUCAUUUCUGUUAAAGCAAUAAAAUUAAUCUAUCUCCUAAAACAUUCGGAAGCAUCUGAUAUUUGGCAAAAACAGUUCCUUCGUGAAACAGAAAGUAUUCAAUACGAUGGCCUUGCUACAACUCGAAUUGCCAGCAUUAGUAUUCCCGAGGAACUUGAAAGAAAUGCCAAAACUGUGCAAUCUUUCUGCUCUCUUGCCGUUUUUCUAAUGAUAACAUUUGGAAUGAUUGUCUGUACAGAUAGAGAUUGGGUAAAAGCCAAUCCGUGGCUUGGAUUAAUCGGCUGCAUUUCUGCAGGAUUAGGAGUCUUAUCCGCAUUUGGUGCUGUACUUUUUUGUGGUGUCAAAUUUAACGAUAUCGUUUCUUCUGUUCCUUAUUUGAUGCUUGGAAUCGGCUUGGACGAUACAUUUGUAUUGUUAGCAGCGUGGAAAAGAACUAAUCCAAAAGAUAGCGUAGAAGACAGAAUGGCAGCAUCUUUUUCUGAAGCGGCAGUUUCUAUCACCAUUACAUCAGCCACUAAUUUUAUAUCUUUUCUCAUAGGAUUAACCAUGCCUUUUCCGAUUAUUAGAAUUUUCUGUACCUAUGCUGCUACAUCCGUAAUAUUUUCUUAUAUUUAUCAAGUUAGCUUUUUCGGUGGUUUUAUGGCCCUGAAUGGAAAAAGAGAAAAACUCAAUUUGCAUUCGCUAUCGUUUCAGCCAGUUCUUCCUAAACCAUUAUCAGGAGAAAAAAGUUUCUUGUAUAGACUUUUAUGCACGGGAGGAAAUGACGAUGUCUUUUCUGAAAACUCACAACUUAAAGAAGAUUAUAAUUUAAGUAUAUUUUUAAGAGAUUAUUUAGGAGAAUUUUUAUCAAAACCACUCGUAAAAGGUUGCGUUGUGAUAGUAUUUCUUGUGUACUUUGCCUUGGCUCUAGUUGGAUGUUGGAAUAUCGAAGAAGGAUUAGAACGUUAUUUAGUAUUUCCGUAUGAUUCUUACGUAAUUCCUUUUCUAAAACAAAGACAAUCUUAUUUUGGCAAAUAUGGUGAUAGAAUACAAAUUGUUAUUAAAGAACCAAUCGAUUAUUCUGAUAUUAAGAUUCAGAAUAAAAUAGAAUUACUUUUUCAACGAUUAGAAAACAGUUCUUAUUUCGGAGAUUCAACUUUAACACAAUCUUGGUUGAGAUAUUACUUGAAUUUUUCUCGAAGUUCUCAGUUAAGCCGGCUUAUGAGAAAUUUCGAUUUAGAAAAUAAACAAGAAUUUAUAGACGGACUACAAAACGUUUUCUUAAAAUUUCGUUAUGCUAAAUAUUUUCAAAAGGAUAUUAUUUUCAAUAAAAAUUCGACGGAGAUCCUCGCUAGUCGUUUUAUCAUACAAACAAUGAACACUUAUUCUUCAAAGUCAGAGAAAGAGAUGUUGUUGUAUUUAUAUAAAACAGUAGAUGAAAGUCGUUUACCAAUUGCAAUGUAUUCUCGAUAUUUACCUUUAGUAGAGCAGCACAUAUUAGUGAGAGGUAUCUGUCUACAAACAGUAAGCAUAGCUGCAGUUGUAAUGAUGAUUAUUUUCCUCAUAUUUAUUCCCAACUUGAUUUGUGCCGCAUGUGUAGCAUUUUCCAUCAUCUCCAUCCAAAUAGGAGUAUUGGGAUACAUGACAUUCUGGUCUGUUAGAUUAGAUACAAUAUCUAUGAUGAACCUCAUCAUGUGUGUUGGAUUUUCUGUGGAUUAUGCUUCUCACAUUUCAUACAUUUUUCAAAUAACUAAAUCUCGUGAUCCAAAUGAAAAACUAAAAUGGUCACUCUAUGCUGUAGGUGGACCAAUUAUUUAUGGUUGUUUAUCUACAAUUUUAGGUGUUUUUAUUCUAUCCUUCACGCCUUCUUAUAUGUUUGUAGUAUUUUUUAAAAUUGUAUUUUUAGUCAUCUUAUUUGCAUUUCUUCACGGUUUAUUGCUGAUUCCAAUAUUUCUUAGUAUUUUUAACUGCUGUCAAAAGGAAGAAGACAAACAAAAGAAUGGUAUUAAUCGUGAACAGACUAUAAGAAUAAAGUUAAGUGAAGACGAACAAGAGAAGAAUCAAGAUAGUGAUGUGGAAUCAGAUGAAGAUGAACAAUGUUCUCAAAUAUCUGCUGAACAUUCCGAAAACAAGUGAAAAGAAUAAUUCAUAAUAAUAUAAUAUAGCACAAAUUUUAUACUUAAUUAUCAUAUCAUAUACAGAAUUUUAUUUAAAUAUUUUAU